GUGGACGAGGUCUCCUCGACGAGGCGGCGCUCAAACGCACGCACACGCACGCACGUGUUCCACAACAAGAGAAAUCGCCACUCGAAGCCCCCUCUAAAGCGGCGAAGAGGGGCCUCUCAGUGCCGAGUGGGACCUCGUGGCAGCAAGCAGCCAGCCACGACGCUGCCGACGCCGCAGCCGCGAGCCCCUUGCGAGCAUUCGAGACCGAACUGACGACGCCGCGCCAAGAUGGCGGCCACCCGAAGGAUGAGGGGAGGAGGCAGUGAAGAAGAGGAAGAAGAAGCGACCAGAUUUCCCUAAGGAGGGUGGAAAGGAAGCAAGAGCGAGCGGCCGAGAACCGUGACAGGGACGAACUCGUGCUGGGGACCCGUGCGAAUCUGGGAAAGAGACCGAAAUACCGCCAAAAGAGAAGGAAAACAAGGAGAAAAAGGAAGCACGCCGGCGGGCAUGGGAGCCGGCCGAACGAAGGCUAGGCAGCGCGGAGGCGCCGGCAUGGUUUCUGUCCGCGGCAAGACAUGUCCAUGAGUCCCGCCCGGAAGACGCCUCUACACCGACACCAGGAGGACGUCGUUGACGACGACGAAGAAGACACGACCACAACGGUGCUUCCGUCGGGCCGCCAAGGUCAUCAGCAAGGCCACAACAGCACUCCGUUCUCGGUGUCCGACAUCCUGAGCCCACUGGACGUGAGCACUGUACAGCAGCUGCAGCAUUUCCACGACGACACGGUGACCGUGAGCUGCGCGGCCGCCACCGGCGGAUUCGGAGGACUGAUGAUGAACAGCCACUACGGGAUGCAGCUGGGUUCGCAGGGCUUUCCCGGUUCCCAGUACGGCACGGGCCAUCCAGACCUGACGGGUCACUACGCGGACCCGAUGCGUCAGUCCGCGGCCGCGGCUGCGGCCGCGGGGUGGUACGGAACGGCGCCGGACCCACGGUUUGCAAUAUCGCGACUCAUGGGUGGUCCGGCGGGUGCCGGCGCCGGAGCCCAGCUGGGUCCGGCACUGAGCGCGGCCUGCGGAGGUCCCGGCUCGGGCGCAGAUUCCAUGGGCAAGUCGGCCGCCGCGGCUGCUGCGGCCGCUGCCUGUGCCGCCGCAGCAGCGGCCGCAGGUAUGCAGUUUCCCUUGGGCCAGCGACGAAAGAGGCGCGUGCUGUUCACGCAGGCCCAAGUGUACGAGUUGGAGCGACGGUUCAAGCAGCAGAAGUACCUUUCAGCGCCGGAGAGGGAGCACCUGGCUAGCCUCAUACACCUAACGCCCACGCAGGUGAAGAUCUGGUUCCAGAACCACCGCUACAAGUGCAAGCGACAGGCCAAGGAGAAGGCCAUGGCGGAGCAGCAGCUGCAGCAGCACGGCGCCAACAGUGUGAGCACAGGCGCAGCGUCAGCAGCGCACCAGGGAUCGCACUCACCUAGAAAGGUAGCCGUUCCAGUACUGGUGAAGGACGGCAAGCCGUGCGGCAAUUCUUCGGGAGAAGAGGAUGCCGUCGGCGACCUGCUCUCCUCUACUGGUUCCUCGGUCGGAGGGCUGGGCGCCUCGCACCACCAGUCCUCCUCGUCUUCCUCGCAGAGGAGCGGCAACGGCAUCGGAGCUGGUGGACUCCACCAUCACCAGCACCACCACCACAGGUCGUGCCUGGUAGACAGCUCUCCCGGAGCCAGGGUCAUGUGUGGGGGUCCUCCCAGUAGUUCCAGCCCUCUAGGCAUCAACGGCAUGACAUCGUACGGCCAAGCUGUCGACCUGAACCCGGGAAGCAUGGUUGGCAACGCCGGAGCCACCGGAGCCGGAGGCAUGCCGGGAGCCACGAUGCCCUCUAUGUGCCCGUCCUACCUGCAGCUGCAGGGUCGGACCUGGUGACUGGACCUAUGGGACGCCUCGUGACCCCAGCGGGCCCACGAGGCGUCCCCGGCGACCGUCAAGAGAGAGGUCGCCACCGACGAUGACGACUGCAACUUUAGCGAGGAUGAAGAAGAGGAAGACGAUGACGAAGACGAGGAACAGGACUUCACUGCAGCGUCUGGAACGAGGCCCCUGCCACUCAGACAAGGAGCGCCGGAAGAACUGCCCCAGGAUGAAGACCUCUGUGACAUUGUGCUCUGAAGACACGCGAUGCGAAGGUGAUUUUGACACAAUGUAGGCAGAAUAAGAAUCGCGGGAGGUCAUCGUAUUCUCAUUAAAGACACCCUUGCCAUCAAGUGGCGAGGAAUGGCACGUCGACAAUGACGUUUGGAUAGUCAUGACGGAACGAGUGAUCGUUAGCGUCUGGAGGCACACGACGUCCAAAUACCGGACGUGGCUACGUUGCCUACUUCAGCUGUACCAUGCUAUAGAGAAACUGUCACUGUGAGUUUACAACCGCCAUGAUGCAGUCAGACGACAUCUUCGGUAUUCCGGACAGAUUCAAAGCAGCAGCAGCAGGUGCUUUUGAACAUCACUACCGGAAAUGACCCGAUUAAGUCACGUGCCAAAACCGGCAAAACGCGACGACGAAAGUGACAAGGAACAGUGUGCUGGUUCUUCUGGCACUGGAAGAAUGUAAACUGUACCUGUGUGUGGUGCGUGUGUGCUGGAACUAUACGCAGUUGAUGUUCUGUCGACACGAACUUUUGAAAUGCCGUUGAGGGCCUGGUUUCCCGACUCGACGCGUUUCUCGUCAACUAAGGAAGCGGCGCGCGAGGUGCUCGAAUAUCCUUGCCGAAUGGCAGUGCCAAAGCUCUCUUUUUUUGUCGUUUGCUUCGCCCGCCCAGCUACGGACAGCCCUACAGAACGACCCACCAGCGGUGAUCAGCGAUGUGUGAUAAUCAUCAACCGUAUUUUCUCACAAAUCACUAAAGAACAUUGGGACUCCGGGGCAGACGAAAUCAAACUGCCCCCCUGGUGAACUUUACGCGUUACACGGUUUAAGACUCGUAUACGCAUCAACCAGCUUUAACUUUAGCAAGUAUUAGUGAGACAGGCUGUAACAGUUGCCAUCGAUGACAGCCGGCCAAAGCGGGCGUUCGUUUUGUGUGUGAGCAAACGGUUCGACAGCAGGCUUUGCCCUCUCGGUCAAGGGCAGACAUUGUCAUACAUAUGAAUGCGAGUACAUUGUUUAUUACUUUUCUUUUCGAUGACAAACUCGGCGGACUGAAAGGUAUUUUCAAUGUUUUACAUAGGUGGUAUUAAUAAUGACGAUGUUGGACAAUGUACCAAGAUUAUGGGUUGAAUUGACCGUAUUGCGUAACGUCAUCAUACAACGCCAUUGUACAGAUGAAAAGGCAGACAUGGAUGAUAUUCGAUGGAAGUUAAAGAGAGAUUACAAAUUAAGCUUGAUUUCCAGACACAAAUUUCUGGGAUUAGAUUUGUUUCACGCUUCCUCAAAAUGUUGGCACCAUUUCGUGCUGCGUGAGAGGUUUUAGCAGUGCCUGACUGAGCUUAGUUUGCUGUACUGGUCGCAAAGAGCCAGGUUAUAUUAAACAAAUUGCAAGUUCUCAAUUUCGCAAUUGCUCCGAGAUUUUCUAGCCUUUACUUGAAAUACCCGAAUGCUCAGUCCAUUACAAUUUUCUUGAUGUGGGCGCGAAAUUUUAGAAAAAGGAACGCUGCGACUCUUAUUUUCCUCACUAAUGCAAAAUAUUUUUCAGCGAAUAGCUAUACAGUACUUAGAGAGUUUGGAAAAUCGACGUACCGAGCCUUGAAAGACGCGUACACAAGAGGAGACACUCACGAACCCGCACGCUGGGACUAGCAACAGCUGAAUGAAACAACAGCUACUCGAAAGGAAAACCAACACGCACAUGCGCCGUACAUGAUACAGUAGAUGUGAGAGCGGUGGGCAUGAGACAAACCAAGCACUACCAAAACGCCCACGCGCCUUAAAAAACCGUGCAGAUAAAAAACGGCGACGUUUUUAGAGAAACGUAAUUAGAAGGUACCAUGCGCUGCGUUUUUUAUCUGCACGGUUUUUUAAGGCGCGUGGGCGUUUUGGUAGUUCUUGGUUUGUCUCAUGCCCACCGCUCUCACAUCUACUGUAUCAUGUAUAGCGCAUGUGCGUCUUCGUUUUCCUUUCGAGUAGCUGUUUCAUUAAACUGUUGCUAGUCCCUGCGGGUGGGUUCGUCAAAAUGUCUCAUCUUGUGUACGCGUCUUUCAAGGCUGGGUUCGUCGAUUUUGCAAACAAUGUACCAACCGGCCCAGCACCAAACUCUUCUACUUAGGGAGUAAUCUCGCAGCCCAUGCCGAUUAGGUGGUUAUCUUAGUUUAUAUAAAACAUGUGUUGCAAGUUCUUUGCGCAGAACAGCAGCGGUGAGUCAUAAACAACGUACUCGCACUUCUGGACUUAAGUGUGUGUCCAUGUUCUUUACGACAUUUUCUGCUUCCUUUAAGACAGUGUCGUUAGAAGACGAUGUAUAGAUAGGGCGCUGCUACCGACGCUCAGGAGGACGCGCGGUACUUUAGUGCGGUGUCAUUGAUUUUUCUUGACAACGAUCUAGCGAUGCUUAAGCUGAUGCAUCAUUUGUUCGACGUAUGUCACGUAGAUGGAUGAAACCUUGUACAUAAACCUGUAGUAGUUCGGUGACAAUACAUACCGAUUAUGCUGUGUACGGCGGCG